CCCACGUGGGAGAUGAGGGAAGUGACGUCACGCGUCAACCGGGAAAACGGCACAAACAACAGUUGGCGCUUUGGCUUUCCUAGCCACCCCGCUACAGAUUUGUAGACAAGGAUCACAGUGAGCAGAAUGGCCACAGACUGGCUGGGCAGUGUUGUGUCUAUAAACUGUGGGCUGACGUUGGGUGUCUAUCAGGGAGAGGUGUCAUCCGUUGAUCACGCCAGCCAGACCAUCUCACUGAGGAAGCCCUAUCACAACGGGAUCAAGUGUCCUGUUUCUGAGGUCAUGUUCAGUGCUGUGGAUAUCAAGGAGCUGAAGUUCCUAGAUAUCCAGAAUACAGUCGAGAAGCCAAGUUCUGGUCAGGGAGCUGCAAAAGAACCCGGUUUCGUAUCAGCAGGUCGCCAUGACCAGAGUAACAGAACCACUCACCCUCAUUUAACAAGCAGCAGCUCUCAUUCUGGCACCGCUCCAAUCACCGUCCUACGCAGAGUUUCAUCUGACAGUAGAGGGGUGACACAGGCCACACACACAAAGAAAAAGAGUGUGAGGAAUAGAGGUACUGGAGGGCCGAUGAGGUCAAAGGAUGAUGAGUGCUUCAGAGACGGGACUGAUGAGGACCUGGACACUGACUUUGAUUUUGAGGGAAAUUUGGCUCUGUUCAAAAAAGCCACCGUCUUCUCCCAGAUUGAUGGGACCAGUAGCCACAGUAGCAGGGCACAGCAUCACAGCAAACAGGCUGAACAGAAGCCACUGUACUAUCGCCAUGAUGAGAAUAUUCUGGAGGGGAAACCUGUCAUACACCGACAGAUAACAGUGCCUCAACAUGGGGGUAAAGAGUACUGUACUGACACAGGCCUAGUGGUUCCGAGCGUGCCCUAUGAGCUUCAUAAGCAUCUACUAGCAACUGCAGGGCACUGGGGCCUGUCUCUUGAGCGCAGGCUAGAGACGAUAGGUGUUUGUUCCAGUCAGAUGGCUAUCAGGCUGCUGGGUGGACCAAACAGACUCACCCCAAAAAACGUCCACCAGAGGCCCACUGUGGUUCUCCUGUGUGGGCCCCACCUCCAGGGAGCCCAGGGCGUCAGCUGUGGUAGACACUUGGCUAACCAUGAAGUGGAGGUCAUCCUCUUCCUUCCCAAUUUUGUCAAGAUGCAGGAAUCAGUCACCAGUGAGGUCAACCUAUACAACAAGACCAGUGGCAAGCAAGUGGCCAGCAUCAAAGACCUUCCUGCAGGCCCAGUCGAUCUGCUCAUCAACUGCCUGGACUGCCAUGAGAACCCACUGCUGAGACAAAAGUCCUGGUACCAAUCAGCUGCUGACUGGGUCAACCAGAACCGGGCUCCAGUCCUCAGCAUCGAUCCUCCAGCUGACGAGCAGCAUCCGACUGUCGAGGCUAAGUGGACUCUCUCUUUAGGACUUCCACUACCUUUAGCUGAGACAGAGAGCAGGGUCUACCUCUGUGACAUUGGCAUCCCUAAGCUGGUGUUCCAGGAAGUUGGAAUCAGCUACCACUCACCCUUUGGAUGUAAAUUUGUCAUUCCGCUGCACCCAGCAUAACAGACCAUCCACUCAUUUCUCAUUACACUUAGGCACAAGUGCACAAUGGGAGGGAAUGGUAUUCUUUUCCACAGUGACUAUUAGGCACCAUUGGCACUAUGUCCAUGGCAACUGUAUGACCACAACAAUGUUCAGUUACAAAUUUCAUAAAAAUUCAUGACACGGUUUGGGGCAUCAUCUGAAAGACUGUUCCAUGUAUGUGCUGUAGGUUUGUCUUCUUAUCUGCUGGAAACUCUCAGGGGUUGCCGCAUGUUGCGUGCAACACCUUUUGUUUUUGAGAGGGAAAGGUUUCCUGUUCUUUGGUGUGUUUUGAUAAGGGCUUUGUGACUAUGUGAAUAUGUUUACAAAAUGCUGACCACUGUGAGUCUAUCUGUGACCUCUGACCCUGUGACCAGUCAGAGCAGCAGAGACUCAGUUCCUGUUUCCUCCUUUAGAUUGUAUGUGGAGUCUGGUCCUGACCCCGUGAACUGGAGUACAGCUCAGCCUCAAAGUUUUUUUUUAGCAACACAAAUGGGUGCUUUUUGUCUGGUAAUGGGUGUAUCAUUUUUCAUUGAAAAGGUGGUAUUAUACAGAAUUUAUAUUUGGAUUUAUUUUUUGAAUACACCUGAGGAAUAAUGUAUGAAAAUUAAAAUUCUUUAUAUUUGCAUUUACAUUGCAUUUGAUUGAACUCUUUCUGCACUGUUGGCUGUUUUAAAUUCAUAGACACUGACACUGAAAAUGAGAAGCUGUAGCAGACAUGCCGGAGGAUUAAUUUUCUGUAUUUCUGAAGUCCUGCAGAUUAGACAGGAAUUUGAAGCACACAUUCCAAGGACCAAAAAAACAUCUUGGACCAGGUUCAUCUCCAAGGAUUAUAGUUAGGUAGGCGCAGUGAAACCUAAUUGUUAAACAUUUUGAUAUAUCAGAUUCAGCCACAUUCAGUGAAAUAACCACUCCGACCAACUUCCUCUCCUGUGGUCAACUGUGGUUCACCAAAAUGUCACAUUUGUAAGAACAAAUAAAAAAGCCCUUAUUUUUCAACUGGCAGCUAUGCACUUUUGAAAUUAUGCAGUUAGGGCUUUUCCAGAGCUCUUAAGUCCUUGAGUCAUGAUCUUCUUUUGCAGCCACUACUUCCAGUAAAAACCUGCAAAUAAUAGUAAGUUAUUUAAGUUGUAAAUGACAGUUGUCCGAGGC